AUGUCCUGCUGUCUGUACCUGGUUGGUGCUGGCAGGUGGGAGGGCAGCGGGUACUUCAAGCCAGACGAGUCUGCUCUGCAAUCAGGCGCUGCUGCUGCUGCUGCUGCUGCUGCUGGUAGCAACGGCGGGGACAAGGCUGACAGCCACACUGCUCCGUUUGUCAUCUCCAUGCCCCCUCCCAACGUCACUGGCGCUCUGCACAUGGGCCAUGCCAUGUUCGUCACUCUCGAGGACAUUAUGACUCGGUUCUGGCGCAUGAAGGGGCGUCCCACCCUCUGGCUGCCAGGCACGGACCAUGCAGGCAUCGCCACUCAGUUGGUGGUUGAGAAGAUGCUUGCGUCUGAGGGGAUUAGCCGCCAGGAGCUGGGCCGAGAAGAGUUUGUGAAGCGCGUGUGGGAGUGGAAGGAGAAAUACGGUGGCACAAUUGCAAAGCAGAUUCGCAGGCUCGGCGCCUCCUGUGAUUGGUCGAGAGAGAGGUUCACUUUGGAUGAUCAACUCAGCAAGGCCGUGGUGGAGGCAUUUGUGCGCCUGCACAACAAGGGGCUCAUCUACCGCGGCACGUACAUGGUCAACUGGUCGCCCUUCCUGCAGACCGCUGUCUCAGAUCUGGAAGUGGAGUAUUCAGAGGAGCCAGGCACGCUCUACUUCUUCAAAUACCCCAUCGCUGGAGGAACAGAGGACGACUAUCUGCCCGUGGCCACCACACGCCCAGAGACCAUUCUGGGAGACACAGCAGUGGCCGUGCACCCAGAGGACGAGCGCUUCAAGAAGUUUGUGGGAAAGCAGGCCGUGGUGCCCUUGUGUGGCGGCAGGACCAUUCCCAUCAUUGCCGAUGAUUACGUGGACAUGGAGUUUGGCACAGGGUGCCUCAGGAUCACCCCUGGCCACGCCAUCAACGAUAAUACCAUGACUCCGCUCCAUUGCACAAUCAUCCCGUCAUUCCCCUGUUCCCCUGUACCCCUCUCCCUGUCCCUCUCCCUCUCCCCCCUACGGCCCCAGUACGUGGACAUGGAGUUUGGCACGGGGUGCCUGAAGAGCACGCCCGGGCACGACAUCAAUGACUGUGCCAUUCCAUCAGAACUUCCUUCCUCCAUUCCCCUACUCCCCCAUGACCCAUCUCCCCAUCCCUUCCCCCCACUACUACCCCCCCUACGGCCCCAGUACGUGGACAUGGAGUUUGGCACGGGGUGCCUGAAGAGCACGCCCGGGCACGACAUCAAUGACUGUGCCAUUCCAUCAGAACUUCCUUCCUCCAUUCCCCUACUCCCCCAUGACCCAUCUCCCCAUCCCUUCCCCCCACUACUACCCCCCCUACGGCCCCAGUACGUGGACAUGGAGUUUGGCACGGGGUGCCUGAAGAGCACGCCCGGGCACGACAUCAAUGACUGUGCCAUUCCAUCAGAACUUCCUUCCUCCAUUCCCCUACUCCCCCAUGACCCAUCUCCCCAUCCCUUCCCCCCACUACUACCCCCCCUACGGCCCCAGUACGUGGACAUGGAGUUUGGCACGGGGUGCCUGAAGAGCACGCCCGGGCACGACAUCAAUGACUGUGCCAUUCCAUCAGAACUUCCUUCCUCCAUUCCCCUACUCCCCCAUGACCCAUCUCCCCAUCCCUUCCCCCCACUACUACCCCCCCUACGGCCCCAGUACGUGGACAUGGAGUUUGGCACGGGGUGCCUGAAGAGCACGCCCGGGCACGACAUCAAUGACUGUGCCAUUCCAUCAGAACUUCCUUCCUCCAUUCCCCUACUCCCCCAUGACCCAUCUCCCCAUCCCUUCCCCCCACUACCCCCCCUACGGCCCCAGUACGUGGACAUGGAGUUUGGCACGGGGUGCCUGAAGAUCACGCCCGGGCAUGACAUCAACGACUAUGCCAUCGGGCAGCGCCGGGACCUGCCCAUUAUCAACAUUCUCAACAAGGAUGCCACACUCAAUGAAAACGCAGGAGCCUUCUGUGGUUUGGAUCGGUUUGAGGCCCGGAAGCAGGUGUGGGAGCAGCUGGAGAAAGAAGGCCUGGCGAUCAAACAGCAGCCACAUGUGCAGCGGGUGCCACGCUCCCAAAGAGGAGGCGAGGUGGUGGAGCCGCUGGUGAGUCGGCAGUGGUUUGUGCGCAUGCAGCCCCUGGCAGAGCCAGCGCUGGAAGCAGCACGGACUGGCGAGCUCAAAAUUAUUCCGGAGCGGUUCGAGAAGGUAUG